AUGGAAUUAAAACAAGAAGUUAGUGAGAAAACUUUUAAAAUAGAACUAGAUAAUGACACCUGUGUUGGUCCUUUUGAUGCCUUCAAAAUUGAAAUUAAGGAAGAACCCAAGACAGAAACUCCAUUUGAUUAUUUAGACUUACAUAAAUUGACUGUAAACACUGAAGUAGACUGUGAAGAUAAAUUUAUACUAUUUGAAGAAAAGCAAACAACAAAUGAAGAAAGUAAGUAA